GUUAAUCAAACACAGUAGGUUGUAGAUAUUAUCGACAUAAAUUUUUGCACGAAAUCUGAUAAUGAUUCGCUCUUUAUAAGGAGCGAAAAAAUAAAAAAUGAUCAGUUUGAAAAUUAAUGGCAAUGCAAGAAAUUGCAAAAUGUUUAAAAUUGUUUUUCUGUUUUCUCUCUUGGCAAAAUUUGCCCUGGGUGCUGAGCCAAAUUUGUUGAUCAAAGUUAAAAGUGCGGAAAUGAUAUACAAUGAAAAUCCGAUUAUGGGGAAAUGGUCGGCUGUAAUUAAUCCAGGAGAAAAAGAAAAUUCUGUUGAUAUAAAUUUAGAAAUGAAGGAUGUUGUUCCACAAGACGCUAUGUGCUUCAUCGAUUUGGACAAGGGCGAUGGCAAAAAGAAAACUUUAAAAAUGAGACUCUGUGAUGCCAUUCAUGAAGUUAUACUGGGAAAUGAUUUGUUCUCGAGACUCUCUCCAAAGGACAAGGCGCCAAAAGACUGUCCAUUCCAACCGGGAAGUCUGUUUAUCAAAAAUUACGCCCCAAAUAAAGGUUUAAUUCCGCCUGGUAUGAUGAAAGAUGGAAUAUUCAAAUUUAGUGCUAGGUUCACAGAUGCAAACGAAAACCCGUGGAUUAUUGGCAACUUUGAACUUGAAAUAAGCCAUGGUCCCCUUACUCCACAAAUGGGAUAAAAAAUUCUUUCAAAGAUGAGGCUCGAAAAAAUAUUUUUAUUUUUAAUCACUAUAAAAAUAUUCUAUACUGAAAAUAAAAAAGUAUUGAAUAUGUGCA